UUGGUCUUGGAUAAGCCGGAAAUAAUAGGAUUUGUGAGAAAACUUGAACUCAGUCGCCAUAACCAUUCCAGUUGGCAGUUAGUAGGAGACGAAAAGAAAUGGCGAGUAUGACAACAGCCAUCUGCGCAACACCAACUGUUCUUCUUCAGCGUAACGCUUUCCCGAAUGCUGCUGUUUCAGGGAAAUUCCGUGUUUAUAUGAUUCAUCAAGAAUCCAACAAAAGACCUUCAUACAGUCAGAAUCUUAAAGGAAGAGCAAAAUCAGAUAUGUUGAAGCCAGUUUGUGCAGUUGGUUCUGGCUUGGAGACAUCAAUGACAGAUACAAAGGGUGGUAUACUAACCCUUAAAAGAAUCGAAAUUACAGUUGAAUCAGAAGAUGCCGAGAAGAUCAAGUUGAGAGUGGAUUUGAGCGGGGAAGAAACACAAAAGGCCUUUGAUGUCGUCUUAUCAAACUUAGCUCGCUCAGCCCCGCCACUUCCUGGAUUUCGCCGUCAGAAAGGAGGAAAAACAUCUAAGGUUCCAAAGAACUUGUUUUUGGAUAUAAUCGGUAGGGAACGCGUUAUGAAUUUUGUCAUCCGAGAAAUAGUCACCUCAGCUGUGGCCGGUUAUGUGGAGGAGGAGAAUCUUACAGUGAAGGAAGAUAAGAUUAGCACGACACAGACUGAAGACGAACUUAAACAAUCGUUCUUGCCAGGAAAUUCAUUUGGCUUCAACGUUGAGCUCGAGCUUGUAAAUGAAGAAACUGAGGCUGAGACUGUUAGCACUGAAGCUGAAGUGUAACAAAUCUUAUGCACAGAAGCAAAUGAUUAUCACUAUGCUUUUUUCUCUGCUGGUUCGGGCUUGGGCUUGGGCUUGGGCUUGGGCGUGGACGGACACAGCUUGUUUCCAAAUUCUUAGCCACAAGAUUAUAUGUUAUGAUGUUUUGUUAGAAUAUAUGAAUGUAAAUGAAUUGUGUUGAGCUUUUUAUGAUGUUUUGUUAGAAUACAAGUUAAGUUAAAGCUAGAGUUCAUUGGAUUUCACUCUGAUCUUAGUCCAAACUCCAAUUUGAUGCAAAUAACAUUUUGAACUACAUAAAUU